AUGACUCCAACUCCCUUAUUGAACAUACUCAUUGAAAAAAAGCUAAACGGAAAUGAAUAUAAGGAAUGGACAAGGAACUUGAUGAUUGUCCUAAGCUAUGAGAAACUAAAGAUAGUCCUUGAUAAUAAAUGCCUUUCAGCCACUCAAGCGAAGGCUAGAAAAUGUCAGGAGGAGUUUGAUGAGAUUGCUCGUUGCUAUAUGCUGGAAAGCGUGGCUAACACCCUUUAUAAGAAACUAGAGAGCUGUAAGGCUGCCAAAGAGAUUCUAGACAAACUUGAAGACAUGUUCGGAGGCCAAGCUACCUUAGCUUAA